AUGGCAGCUACCAGUUCACUCUCUGAAGAGGACUUGCUUUGUCCUCUGUGCAGUCAGAUUUACUCGCUUCCUGUGCUUCUUAAUUGUGGCCACAAUUUCUGCAAAGUUUGUUUGGGGAAAUCUCAGGAAUGGAAAGAAUACAGAGUAUGUCCUGUGUGUCGCUACGUGGCUGCUCCUGGGAAACCUCCCAUCAAUUUGGAACUAAAGAUAGCUGUGGACGAAUAUCAAGAGCAGAAGAACACCAGGGAUCUGGAGGUUUGUUGUACUCACCUGCAAAAGAUGACCCUUUUUUGUCACAAUGAUGAAGAGCCCAUCUGUCUCGCCUGCCAAUCAUCUAUGAGGCAUAAAGUUCAUGAGUGCAGUGCGGUGGAGGAGGCUGCAAGAAAGAAAAAGACUGAAAUUUCUGACUUGUUGGAGCCUUUAAAGAAAAAACUGAGAGUGCUCACCAAAACAAAGGAUCAGUGGGAGGAAACAAAGAACUACAUACAGACCCAAGCUUUUCAGUGUGAGAGAGCGAUUAAAGAGGAGUUUGAGCAGUUACACCAGUUCCUGCAGAAGGAGGAGAGCAAAAGACUGAAGGCACUCAAACAGGAGGAGGAAAUGAAGAAGGAGGUGAUGAGUAAGAAGCUGGAUAACAUCAAAGACCAGAUCAGGACCCUCUCGAAGACCAUCAGUGAUACUGAGAAGUCUCUCAGAGGGAGAGACUUAGCUUUUUUACAGGACUACAAGCAGACAAAGAAAAGUGUCAAAUGCAUCAUUCGUGAACCGGAGUGCAUCAGAGACAUCCUGAUCAACUCUGCACAACAUUUGGGGUUACUGAGGUACAAAGUCUGGAGGAAGAUGGCUGACAUCAUCAAUCACGUCCCCAUCACUCUGGAUCCAAACACAGCCCAGUCCAACCUGAGGAUCACCGAAGAGCUUACCUGUAUGGAGUACAGCAAUAAGCAACUCCUACCUGACAAUCCUGAACGCUGCACCAACCGCGUGUGUGUGCUGGGAGCUGCUGGCUUCACGUGGGGAAAGCACAGCUGGACUGUAGAUGUGGGCCAAGGCAAAGACUGGAACAUCGGAGUGGUCCAGGAGUCCAUCAACAGGAAGACUGCUGUCUUCCUCAACCCCACUGAGGGAUUCUGGGUGAUCAGUCUGCAAAAUGGAGACUCGUACUGGGCUGAGACCUCACCUCGUACCAAGCUUGUGUUGAAGCAGAAACCUGAAAAGAUUACUGUCAAAGUGGACUACGACAAAGGAAAAGUAGCCUUCAUCAAUGCAGUCGAUUUGACGACAAUCCACAUAUUCAAUGACAGAUUUACAGAGAAGCUUUUCCCCUACUUCUCUCCUGGACUCUAUAAUGAGGAGAAAAUCUCCAGCCCACUGAAAAUCUGUUCUCUGAAGAUACAGGUGCAAUUGGAGUAAACUCACAUGCAACAGAAGCUCUGU